GGGAGGGGGCGGGGAGAGGAAUGAAGGUGUCUCGCUGGCUGGUUUCCUGCAGCUCCCCUCAACGCAGCGAGGCUCUGUCCCAGGCGUUCGCCUCCUGCCCAGGGGACUAACUUCAUCUCCAGCUAACCCGCCGGGUCCUUAUUGCCUUACGAGCCCCUCGCCCGAGUCGGGCCCGCCACUGGGGGCCCUGGGGGGGAGGGGCGGGCGUGCUGUGUUUCACCCCGGGGUCUGGUCUUGGGCGGGAGGCGAGGCCGGGCUCCCUGCUGAGGGACGACGGUAGGGUGGGCUUGGCUGAGGUGAGCGAUGUGAGAACCGGGACGGCCCCGUACGCUAACCUGAGGUGGCUCCAGCCAUUCUGCUGCUCGUCCCCUUGCACUUCUCCAUUUCCUCUUUGGGCUUGAAUGGGGCUUUCUGCUGCGGGCACUAAGUGUGACCUUCGAACCCUGGUCAGAAUAAUGGUGAGGGGCAGGGUGACGUUAUUUCAUUUCACAGCUUCUGGGCAUUCCACAGGUUUCCUUCCGCCUCCUCAGAGUCUUUCUUAACUCAGAGAGUGGUUUCCCAGCUCCAAAAAUUGAGCUUGGAGCGGGGGGGCCACGUUCAGGGAGGCGAAGGGCAUUGUGGGGGCGUUAUGUAAAAGUAGGACCCCAACCGACAGACCCUGUGUCCUCGCGCUACUUAGUCACGUGGCAUUUUAGCGGAUGCUCUGGAAAAGGUCCCGGGGUGGGGAAUCUGAACCUGGCGCUUCGCACAGGCCUGCGUCCUCAAGUAAUGUUUUGUGUUGUGUUGUUUUGUUUUUUUUUUUCCAGUCACGCUUGCUUGUUAGGGGUCAUGUGGCUGUUUGAUCGUCAGCUCCUUUGCUUAAAGUAGCGCCAUUUUGCCAUAUGGAGACUUCAAAGCUACCAACACUGGAGCUUCUCCCCUAAAACAGCUUUUUGCUUUCGUAGAAGGGUCAAAGUCUGUUCUUAUUCAGGAAGACGAUACCCCGGCCAUAGGAUCAAGGAAGAGUUAAAGGGCCAAGGCUGAUUGUUUUCUUAAUGGUCUCUGGAGGUGGCUUUGAUCAAUGCAGAGCCACCAAGGAAUUGGCUGGCUUGUCUCAACCUCCCUUUGUCUAGUCUCAUCAUCUCAGUUUGCCCAAAAGAUAUGUCCAGGCCCUCCCUCAUCACCUUCACCCCGGCUACCAGUUCCAGUGACCUCUGGAAAGAUGGACAACAGCAGCCACAGCCUGAAGAGCUGGAGCCCGCCUUGGAUGGGGCUGCAGCCCGGGCUUUCUAUGAGGCCCUGAUUGGGGAUGAAAGCAGCGCCCCUGAAUCCCAGAGAUCUCGGCCCGAACCUUCCAGUGAGAGAAAGAGGAAGAAGAGAAGAAUAAUGAGGGAAGCUGCUGCAGGAGCCUCAGGAGGACAUGGACCAAGGAGAUCCCUUGAGGCAGAGGACAAGAUGACCCAGUGGAUACUGAGGGCAGCCCAAGAGGGUGACCUGGCAGAACUAAGAAGGCUGUUGGAUCCCUGUGAGGCAGGAGGAGCUGGGGGCAAUAUCAAUGCUCGGGAUGCCUUUUGGUGGACUCCCCUGAUGUGUGCUGCUCGCGCAGGCCAGGGGGCUGCUGUGCGCUAUCUCCUGGGCCGUGGAGCUGCCUGGGUAGGAGUCUGUGAGCUGGGUGGCAAGGAUGCUGCUCAGCUGGCCGAAGAAGCGGGGUUCCCUGAGGUGGCCCGCAUGGUCAGAGAGAGCCACGGAGAGACAAGGAGCCCAGAGAACCGGUCCCAGUCACCGUCCCCCCAAUACUGUGAGACCUGUGACGCGCACUUCCAAGACUCUAACCAUUGUACAUCCACUGCUCACCUGCUGUCACUGUCCCGUGAUCUCAGGUCCCCCAACCUGCCCCUUGGGGUGCCCACCUCCAGCCCAGGCUUCAAGCUGCUGCUGAGGGGAGGCUGGGAGCCUGGAAUGGGGCUGGGACCCCGGGGUGAGGGCCGCACAAACCCCAUCCCCACUGUCCUCAAGAGGGACCAAGAAGGAUUAGGCUACAGAUCAGUGCCCCAACCCCGAGUCACACACUUCCUGGCUCGGGAUACUCGGGCUGUGGCUGGGAGAGAGAGAACCCCUCGGGUGACCACACUGAGCCGGAGGGAGGAAAGAAAGCAGGAGGAGAAGGACAGGGCAUGGGAGCGGGAUCUGAGGACGUACAUGAACCUUGAGUUCUGACCCUGGUAAGGUCUAUUCGUUGUGUAUUGCUAAGUCUGAACUCUCAUGUAGGCACUUUGGCUUUUACUUCCUGGGGUCUGCCCAGUUCCUAGAUCCUCAGGUUUUGGUCAGUGGGCUCUGCCUUUGGGAGAGGGGGGCUGAGCAUUGAAAAAUAAAUCAAACUUCUGCCUC